GGGGGCUUGUUCCAUUGUUUUGCAGAGUUCGUAAUGCAACCUGUAGCUAGGAUGUGUCUCUUUCCUUGUGAGAGAGAAGAUGAGGUGUGUAAAACGUUCUUUGUUUAUGUGACAUUGGAAGGACUGAAAUAAACCCUGGAUCUCUCAGCUGGUUUUAUGAAAGGAGAAGCUAUAGUUUCCUUGUGCCACCAGCUGAACUCACUUCAUGUCUGUAGGCUGUUCAGAGUGCCAGACUGAUGUGGGGCAUUUCUACCAAUCUCCUGUCCAAAUUGUAAAUAGGAACUGUGCUGUAUUACGUUCAUGUUUGUUUGGGUUUUACUUGUGCUUGAAAGGCAAAAUAACGUAGAACAGGCAUUAUUCUAAAAGUAAAGUGUAAGAAAAAGAUGUGUCUUAGUUGAUAAAAUAUAUUGAAGGAAUAAAAAACAAAACAAAAAUUCCCUGCAUUCUGAGUCUAACCUUCAUAGAUGAGAAGUAAAAACAGCUACAGAGGGAGAAAGAAACAGCAUCCUCCGUCUAAAUUUUACUUCAUUUGCUACCAAAACACCAACUUUGUUUAAAAAGCCUCUAAAAGGAAAUUCCAUCUGUUGCUGAACGAUAUAGGUAUCAAUAACUGCCCUUUCCAGGCUAGGAGCCCCUGCCGAAAUGGCGCUGAAAUCCGCUUUGCAAACCCUGCGUGAAACCUCCGAACUGCCAUAUUGCUGGUUGCUGACACUGUGGCUGCAGUUUACCCACGAGAUACCAACCAAACACUAGUAUUUGAAGAACGACUUGGAUAGGCACAGUUCCUCACCAAGCAUGCAUUUCAAAGCUGGAUUAGAACUGACUGAAUUGCAGAAUAUGACUGUCCCUGAAGAUGAUAACAUCAGCAAUGAUUCAAAUGAUUUCACAGAGGUGGAAAAUGGACAGAUAAAUAGCAAGUUUAUUUCGGAUCGAGAAAGCAGAAGAAGUCUCACAAACAGCCACCUUGAGAAGAAGAAAUGCGAUGAAUAUAUCCCAGGAACUACUUCACUGGGAAUGUCCGUCUUCAACCUUAGCAAUGCAAUUAUGGGCAGUGGGAUUUUGGGUCUUGCUUUUGCCUUGGCCAACACAGGAAUUCUCCUUUUUCUGCUGCUUUUGGUUUCGGUCACACUGCUGUCUAUUUAUUCAAUUCAUCUCCUGCUGGUGUGUUCAAAGGAAACAGGCUGCAUGGUGUAUGAAAAGCUUGGUGAGCAGAUCUUUGGUACCCCAGGGAAAAUGAUUGUCUUUGGCUCUACAUCUCUUCAGAAUGUUGGAGCAAUGUUGAGCUAUCUCUUCAUAGUCAAAAAUGAGCUACCUUCUGCCAUAAAAUUUCUAAUGGGAAAAGAAGAAACCUUUUUGGAAUGGUACGUGGAUGGACGAAUUCUUGUUGUCACAGUCACAUUUUGUAUAAUCCUCCCUUUAUGUCUCCUGAAGAACUUAGGAUACCUUGGCUAUACGAGUGGAUUUUCAUUAAGCUGCAUGGUAUUUUUCCUGGUAGUGGUUAUUUACAAGAAGUUUCAAAUUCCCUGUGAUGGACAAGGGCUAAAUGCAACAUUAUCUAUCCUAUCAAAUAGCUCAGAACAUACGUGUAAGCCAAAGUAUGUUAUCUUUAAUUCCAAGACCGUGUACGCUUUGCCUACCAUUGCUUUUGCAUUUGUGUGCCACCCAUCAGUCCUCCCGAUUUACAGUGAACUUAAAGACCGUUCACAGAAAAAAAUGCAGUUGGUUUCAAAUAUCUCAUUUUUUGCCAUGUUUCUGAUGUACUUUAUGACUGCCAUAUUUGGCUAUUUGACUUUCUACGACAAUGUGCAGUCAGAUCUGCUUCACAAAUACCAGAGCAAAGAUGACAUCCUCAUCCUGACCGUGCGCUUGGCUGUGAUUAUGGCAGUGAUACUCACUGUGCCAGUGCUGUUUUUCACUGUGCGUUCAUCAUUAUUCGAGAUGGCCAGAAAAACAAAAUUUGACUUAUGCCGUCACGUUUUGGUUACUUUUGUUCUUUUGGUUAUCAUCAACCUGUUAGUCAUUUUUAUCCCAUCCAUGAAGGAUAUUUUUGGAGUUGUAGGGGUCACUUCUGCCAAUAUGCUGAUUUUCAUUCUUCCUUCAUCGUUGUAUUUAAAAAUUACACAGGAGGAUGGAUCAAAGUUGACUCAGAGGAUUUGGGCUUCUCUUUUCUUGGCACUGGGGGUAUUGUUUUCCCUAGUGAGCAUUCCCUUGGUCAUCUAUGACUGGGUACAAUCAGGAGGCAGUGGCGAAGGCCACUGAAGUUCACCUUCUUCUCAAAAGAAGAUACCCCUGUUUGCUACACACCAAAAUCGCAACCAUCCGUUCUGUUGUCUAUUCCACCUUUUGUGAGUUUACUCAAAUCAAAUCCAAAUAAUGAUUAUCCAGUACUGAAAAUACUGUCAUGGGAGUAUUUUCUUGCAGAAAACAGACCCAUUCUUCCAACAGGCAUAUCACUCUCUGAUCAGCAAAAAGUCUAUGUUAAUUGUCCAUGAGAUUAUAAAAAGCAUCGCUCAUAGAAAUUCAUCACAAUUAGUUUCCCCUCUUCCACCCAUGAAUUGCAUUGUUCCAUUAUUAUCCUUAGCCCUCCAGCCACAAGCUCUGCUCCUUUAGGGCAGCAGCACCUGUUGCUAUAAAUUCCAAUUAAAGUGUUAUCUGUUCACAUCCCUCCCCCCUCUUUUUAGCCAAAACUCUGCUCUCUAAUUGUAUGCAUCUGGUUUGUUGGUUUGUUUGUUUGUUCUAUUGCUGUUUCAGGCACCAUUUGACUCACUGGGUUAAGUGUAGCAUUCUGGAUAAAGGCAUGAAAAGCACCAGGAGAGCAUAGCUGAGUGCUGUGUAAGCGUAGGUCCUAAAUCUGGUGCUUCUCUCUGAUGUUUUGGGGAGUGAACUAGCCCCAGGGCUUGGCCUAUUCAUGGCUUUGGGGAACAGACUGUGUGUGUGUCUGCGUGUGUGUCUUUGUUAUGUGGAGCAGGGAGCAGGAGAAAGAUAGUCACCACCACCAGCCACUAUUCCUCUGGCACACUUGAGUUGGAGGUUGACUGGAACUUGACCCCCAACCAUGAAUUCUUGAGUCUGAAGAGAAGCAGACAUUUGGAGAUUUCCAUAAGAAGUCUGCAUUUUCUUCAGCAUUAGACUGUUUAGUAAAUGCCUCAUUGCUCUCCGAAAAAAAUACCAAGCUCCAGUUUUAUCAAAACCUACGCAUUUAAUCAUACCUCAUGCCUUUUCCAUACCUUGUAGGGACUGGCUCCUCUCUUGUGUCUUACCCUCCUCCCACUGAAGUCAGUGGAGUCUUUGACUGCAGUGGGAGCAGGAUUUGACUCACUCUGCCAAACUACUAGAUUUUUAAUGGAAAUUGAAAUCUGCAACAUUUCUUUAAAUGAACAGAAAUAUUUUUUAUAUUUCAAAGGUUUCAUUUACAUUUUUCAUUAGUUCUCCAUAACAAUUAGAAGAUAUUCAGUUUCUAAUAGCAAAAGCACUGUAACUUGUGACAAUUGUCCACAGAAUAAGCAUUUGCCUAAUGCCUUAUAGCUGGUGUAGAGAACCACUUGUAGAGACUCAAAAGCUAAGCAGGUGAUCACUCACCAUCCUGAGCAGAUACCUUCUAUUAGUACACUGCCAGCAGCGUAAACGUGUUCACUUUGUGUUAGCUAAAAAGUGUCUCAGAAUAUGAACAUGGCUCCCACAGAAAGAACUGAUGGCUAAAGGAAGCCCCACUUCAUGCCAAAGGGCUAUGAUGCCCUUGGUAUGCUCGAGCCAUAUCUCAGUUUGCAGUGACCCUCUCGUUCUCAGUAGCUGGUUAAUUGAAAACUCCCUUUGUAACUGUGGAAGCAGACUGUCAUCAGCUGUGAGGAACCUGUCAUUGCAACUUGCUCUUUUUAAAGUUAGGGACAGAGUAUUUGGGUAUUCAAUAUUGUGAGCUACUGAACUGCCUCAGUUGCCAUUGCCUUGUCCUACAUGGCUUUAAGCCACUGAGAGUUGAGACCACAGAACAUAUCUCAGGACCCUGAAAGUUGGUUUCUAAAGAUAACAUCCAGAGAGGUUAGUCUGGGGCCUUCCUAGGAAUUUGGGCAUUGAAGAUGCUGAUGGUUCAUUACGCAGAAACUAAGCCUACUAAGCCCAGACUUCCAGAUCUGUACCUUAGCAUAGGCAGUGAGGUGCUUGCCUCUGAUAAUACUUCAGUGUGAUCCAGAAAUAAGGCACAGUGGAUUCCACAGGCUGCCCUAGUACCUGGAGUAGCACAGUAGCAAGAACAAAACUGGAAGCCUUCUCCCAGCAAGGUCUCUGGUGCUUCAUCCUUCUCCCGAGCACCCCCUAGCCCAGCCUUUAACAUACAAACUGCUGAGCUACCUGGGACCCCUGCCCUAAGGUCCCUUGUACUUUUCUGUGGCUGGUCUCAGACCUUUGCCUGUGAUGGUGCAGGUCACCAGUUCUCUCUGUGCUGUCCCCUUAUGGUACUGAUCCCUGCCCUUAUUCACAGAGAAGUCCAUACCACAGCCUUCAAGACUAGGUGUUAGGCAAGCUCUGGGGAGCCUGUGCUUUGUUCUUAUCUUUUUGCACCUCAUUCCAGGCAUCUUCUCAGCUUGGGAUGUAAAUUUGUGGUUUUCCUUUUGCAGGCCACUGCAGCAGAAGCCCAGCAUCUUACUCCAUUCUCUGACUCAGAUUGCUGAGGUUGCAUUUCAAGUUUUGAGGUCCCUUAUAAUCUCUCUGGAUCUUAUCCUAAAAACCUAACUCCAACCUGAGAAUGCUGUACAGUGUUAUCCUCAAGAUGCUAUCGGGCUCUCCUGCUUUCCUCCCCCUUUAUCUUUCUUCUACUACUGAUUAAUGAGCAGCACAGCUCUGUGCACUGGGGGGUUGUGAGAGACGAGAUUCUGGGAAUGAUUUUCAAGUAUCCAGGUAUGAGCUACAGGUCUGAUCUGCUGCACAGGGUUCCAGCAAGGUCACAUAUGUGACAUCCUCCUCCUUCUUUCUCCCCGCAAAUAGUCUGUAGUCUGCUGUUUGAAAUAUGAACCAUUGAACUUUGGCACCCUACUUCCUUCGACUUGAAGGGCUGUUGGGUCACUGUUUGUUCAUCUUCCUAAAUCUCCUCCAUCACUAUUACUCUCUCUCUCCUCUUGCUAUUCUGCCUUCUCCUUUUCCCCGGUUUAUUUGUAUACUGGAAUUUUACUGAAUAAAUAGGGAGAACUAGCUGAGUGUGCAUAGGAGUGAAAUUACCCAAGGUACUGAACCACCAAAGCAUGUCUUAUAUGAAAAGAAAUAGAUACCCAAAAUAUUAAGUCUUUAAACAGACUCUGUUUCUGGGUCUCUUAAAAAAGAAAAAAAGAGAAAAAAAAAAAAAAAAAAAGAGGGAAUUUUGCUUAGACUGAUUUACUGGCAUCAUAUUUAUAGAUAUUUAUGGAAAGGAGUCAUGUGUUUAUUGAUGUCUGUGGUAAUGAACGUGAAAUAACGUGCUUUUUGUUUUCUCAUCAGGUUUAUACAUUCUUAACAGAAUGCAAUAGACCCUGCUGUAACUGUCAACAUCAGUGAUGGAUGACAAUAUUUGUAUGAGGUUAUCUGUAAAAUGUACUGCUGUUAUUCAGUUCAUUUGGAGUAGUGAACCUGUAGCCACAAUUGUACAAGUCCUACAUAUUAGUUAGGAUUUUAAGAGCACAGUGAAAUGCUGUAGAAAUUUCUCUGUUGUAAAAUUAAUAGGAUCCAGAAUACCAUAUCUAUUUAGUAGGUGAUAGCAUGCUUUCUUUUCAUAGAGAGUUUAUCACAAUUGUGAGCACUGCAAGUGUCAUCAACUGGAUGCAAAAUUGCUCCUAAUAAUUGCAACAAAAAACUUUAAAAUUCUCAUGUGUGUAGUAACAACAGUCGAGUGGUGAGGGACAAGGAAGGAUUAAUUAGAAGCAGGGAUUAAUAAUAAGAUUGUAAGAGUUAAUCCUACACUUAAAAGACAACCUUGCUGCCUCUCCUAGUCCACAGCACAUUGCAAAGAAAAUAGUUAUGGGCUUAAAGCAACCAUAAUACAGCUGCCCUUCUCUGUCCAAUGGAAAACAUGCCUAGGUAGUAGAACACAAUCAAUUGUUAUUUGGGAACAGUAUCUCGGGGCAAUGACCUCUCUGGAUGAUGCUUGCUCCUGGUCAGAGGGCCAAUGCCAAAUCUGUGCACCAGCACAGACCUUUUGUAGAGCUGACACUGACCAAGCUGUGCCUGGCACAUAUGCAAGCCUAGGGCACAAGAGCUGGUGUCAUCCUGCGAGGUCAGGGAUGGGGAUGUUCAUCCUCUCCGAGGACUGCUGUUCUGAGCCACAUAUGAACCCAAAGCCUGUGCUCCACCUGUAAUAGGUCACACAUGCAAGUGUGGGUUGGAUGAUGUGUGGGUUUUGUCUGUAUAUCUGCCUUACAAUGCAUAAGCGCAACACAGCUCUCUGAUAUUGAGUAUUAAACAGUAACAAUUAAUGGUAUGUCUAGCUUAUCUUUAAAUUUAUACAUUUCUUUGCUUGAACCUUACAUUAAGGCUAAAGAGCACCUUGGUCAAAACAAAACUUUUCAUGUGGUGGUGUCCCACCUCCAGUCCUACCGCCCCACCCCAGUGCCUGUAGGAGAAAGGCACCACAGAAUGUACUCUGCUCCAUCAGCAGCUCCAUGAGAUGGCUUUAUCAGCUGGCGCCACGGUGCUUUCAUAAACAAAUCCCCAGAGCCCUUGGCGUCAGAAAAUCAUUAUUUCCUAUAACGUACAGCAAAGAAUGUUUUAUUUGUAUCUAAUGUAAGGAUUUCUGUAACAAACUGUGAAGAAAAAAAAAGAUAACUAAUUAAUAAAAGGUACAGGGCUGGAAAGUCUAGAAUUCACAAAUUGUACACAUACCUAUGUUUCUGAAGACAAAUCUAUGCAGUUGUGUUGUAUUGUAGGAAAUUUCAUUUUUAUGUACAUAUAUAUUGUAAAUAAAUAGGAUGCUGUAUAUUUUUGCAGUUGUUUAUCCCCUAUGAAUAGAAGUGUCGAGAUGGGCUCUGCAUAUUAACAAUAAUUUUAAUAGAAAUACAAAUACUUUAGCUUCUUAGCAAAAUGUAUAUCCUUUUCUUUCUCCCAAGAGUUCACAAGUUAAAUCCUAAACUUGAAAUUAUAAUUACAUCCCUAAACUAAAAAGAUAAAUAAAAGGUCCAGUUAAAUUGCUAGGAUUAAUUCCAGUGCAUGAGUCCCUGUUUUCUCACCAGCAAGUUUGCCAGUCUUCCUGUUGGGUAAAAUACCUCCCUUGUUAAAGGGCCCCUUUGGUACCCAGAUACUGCUUACCUCCUCAGCUGGGGUCAGUUGGUAGUAGAGUGCUGAAAAGGCUUUAUAGAAGAAACCAUGGCAAACUGCAGCCAGCAAUUUAACUUAGCAUUAUGCCAUGUUGUAUCCAGGCAUGUAUUUACCCAAUUAGUGCUAACAAAAGUCAGGGCAGAGCUUCUGCAUUUCCAUUUUCAGCCAUCAGAAAUGCCAGUAAUUCAGAAAAAAAGUAUGACAAGCUAGGGAUCGGCAGCAAGCAGAGCAAUUGGUGCAGUUUCCAGCCCCCUCCAUUCCUGCAGAGUUCUGUAGUUGCUCUGCCUCGGACCCUGCUGCUCUCAUGCAACCAAAACGCUGGACCUGAGGCUUCCAAGAGCUUCCCUGGCCAGGGACUGCUUGCAUAUCCCACCCUGUGAACAGGCGGCGGUCGUUGGAUAGCUGCGUGUUCAGGGCUGAGGGAAGGGAGGGCUGGGUAUGUCCUGAGAGUGCAUUCAUCAGAGGCCUUGCAUAGACUUUCUCACUAGUAAAGCAUGGAAAUGUUUUUUCAGGACUGCUGAAAAAUGGAGGUUAAGAAAUGCAUCUAAAAAUAAUUGUGUUUUUUUCCAUGUUUACUUUAUGGGCUUGGAUGAAAAUGAAACUUGAAAUAACAUUUGCUUUUAUCGUGAGCACAAAUUUGAGGGAAAAAAAACUAUAUGCAGUCAGUUCUACAGAGCUUUGCAAAUUAAUACCAGUGUAUGUUUUGUUUUCAAUGUUAUAGCCAAUAAAAUAUAAACUGUAAAGAUAUUUUUCCACUAGACUUGAACUUUACAUUGUUUAUAGAAACCUGUUUUUAGUGUCCCAACAUAUGCUAAGGCUCACACAGAUCCAGUAUAAACAAUGUUGCUUGAAUGAUGUAUGCUUGACACAAGCUCAUCUCUAAUAGAUUUUUGAAGUGAGUCAUCAGUAAUACUUUGCUCCUGUUAACAUCACCUGUUAACUUUGUGCUGCUCAUACCUAAAUAAACAACACAGUUUUUCAUGUGUAAAUAAAAUGUAUCAAGUUCUAUGAUCUCUCUGUUACCUCUUAGUUUUCAAACAUUAAAAUUGUGAUCUAAAUUAA